GGCCCAAAAUUCUACGAGUCUCGAGAUUCUCGACUCGAAGACUCUCCAUCUAUUCUAGACAGCUAGCUUAGCUCUUUCUCUCUGCCCCCUCUGUAUCGCAUACGUACAAUACGUAUAUAUUGUAUGGCUGAUAAUCUACGCUGAAAAACAUAUUGAAUGCUGCGGGUGAGCUUACUUAAUGAUGACUCUAAGCUCUUAUCUCUCUGUGUUGAAUUCUUCUUGUGCAAUUUCUUCUUCAUCGACAGACACAAGUCCUUUGUAACUUCUGAUGGAUCUACUGGAUACUAGUGAUACUACCUCCCUGAGUUACUGGUUGAACUGGAGAUUCUUUCUUUGUACGAUAUGUGUCUUUAUUCCAAUGUUAGGGGCAACCUACAUAAUUUGGAAAUAUGAAUGUUUAUACCCACCAAAACCAGAUAGGGAAGAAGCUGAGGAAGAUAAUUUAUGGUUUCGCUAUGCCAAUGAUUCUUGGAUGCCAUGUGUGGAAGAAAUACACCCCAUCUGUUUAAUGACAUUCCGGAUUUUCUCAUUUUGCUUGAUCUUGACGGCACUCGUUGUGGAUGUUGUUGUUCGAGGAGGAAGCUUGUUCCACUACUAUACCCAGUGGACUUUAGCUCUGGUUACCAUCUAUUUUGGGUUUGGAUCGGUGCUCUCUGUCUAUGGAUGUUUACAGCAUCGGAAAAUAUUUAGCGGAAAUGAUGCUUCUAAUGAUGUGGUAGAUGCAGAAAGAGGAUCUUAUGUCUCACUUAUACAACACGAAGCUGCAUCUGGAGUAAAUAUCGGAAAGUAUUCUUGUUAUCAAGAUAAAUAUCCUCUUUCUCGAACAGCUUCGAAGUGUGGCCAAGUAUUACAAAUCAUGUUCCAAAUGACUGCUGGUGCGGUAGUACUUACAGACUGUCUUUAUUGGUGCGUAAUUUUCCCAUUCCUUACCAUCAAAGAUUAUGAUUUUAAUUUCUUCACAGUAAUGGAACAUUCACUUAACGCCAUCUUGCUCUUUGGUGAGACAACUUUAAAUGGGUUGCGGUUUCCUUGGUUCCGGAUAUCAUACUUCAUCUUGCUGACUGGUGUUUACGUCAUCUUUGAGUGGAUUGUGCAUGCAUCUGUAUCUUUGUGGUGGCCUUACCCAUUUCUGGACUUAUCAUUCCCAUCUGCUCCUCUAUGGUAUCUAGCUGUAGCAUUGAUGCAUCUACCUUGCUAUGCCCUGGUUGCAUUAAUCAUCAAGACAAAAUACUACGUGCUAUAUCGAUGGUUCCCUCAACCAGAUCGAAGUUUGAGAUGAAGUGUCACUCUUGUUUAGUGCAGGGUAAAAGUAUUACUAAUCUGUUUUUAUGGAAAUGCAAAAAUUAUUUGACCAAUAAUAUUGUGGUAUACAUUUGUAGAUUACAAUAAAAUUUUGAACUUUUGCUUACAGGA